AAAUCAAUUCAUUUGAAUAUUCUUCUGAAUGAUUCAAAAGAAUGAGAAAUGCAAUAUGGCUUAUGUUAGCUAUCGGUAUGCCAGCACUAGCUGUAUCAUUCUUACUCAAAUUAGCGUGUAUAUGGAUACAUUGCAGGUUGGUGAAAUACUGUCUAAAAAAGAAAAAUCAAAGUUCUCAAAUAACACAGGAUGAUGGUGGAAGGGAAAUGCCAGAAGAAAAGUACAAAAAUACAUCCUUUGUUUCAAACAGUGAUCUAAAACUUGUAUCAUCGAAUGAUUCAAUUUUGGAGCACAAGGGUUCUGCUGAGAACAAUUCUAACUUGAACUAUAUUCCUGGCAAUGCAUUUGGAGAACUGCCCCCUGAGAAUAGUAAUGAUCAAACGGUCAAUGAUGAUGAAACAGUCGAAAGACGACUCGAAAUUGCCGUAGUUGAAACAAAAUGCACGAAUGAAGAACUUCUGAAAAAACGGAAAACAGAGUUGAGUGAUGCUGUUGUCAGCAAUGACGUAACGAAGCUAGAAGACGCUAUUGAGUGGGCAAGGUUCGACGGCUUUCAAGCAGAAUUGAGAGAUGAAAUUUAUCACGCAUCAAGAUGCAUACGGCAAAUUGCGGAUAUGGAGAGAAUUCGGGCAGCUGUUAGAGACCUUCGGCAAAGUGUGGUGUCUGUGCGAAGCUAUGGAAAACCACCCCGGAUGGUACACACAGUGAUGCUCUGCACUUACUUGCUACUAGGAGUGAAGGAAGAAAGGACUUACCGUUGGCAGGCAAUCAAAACCCUUCUGAGUCAACGAGGGAAGAACGCACUGAAAAAUCUCAUGAUGCGAUUCGAUCGACAUCACGUGAAACCAGAAGUCGCAUCACGUGUUCAAGCUUUGGCGGGUUUUGAUUUGAGAAGCGUUUGUGACGUCAGCGAAGGCGCCGCGAUCUUCUAUGUUUGGGUGUGUGGGAUGAUUCAAGACACGUAAAUUGUUCAGUGCGACAGUUCAAAGUCUCAAGAAUUCAGAUGAUUGAGAAAUCUUCUGGGUGCCAAAGAAUU